AUGGAUUUUGUGAAACGGGAAGAUCAAAACAUCGAUGAAGAGAAUUAUAAAAUAUAUAUGGAGACAUUGCAAAAAUCACAUCAAAUGGAGGUACAAGAUUAUCAACAUACUCCAAUAUCAAUGGAACAACUCCACCAAGCAAUGCAAACAUCUCUAAAUGGAACCAUAAUGCAUAACUUCCAGUUACCAUUGUCACCACGACAGAUGUCAACACUCAUGUUGAAGACGAACCAUCUGAGUCGUAACCUUAACUUCAAUGAAAUUCCUGCACACUUACAGCGUAAUUUAGAAUUAGAUCUAGUUCAUAAUUUAGUUGAUAUGCCACAGAAUUUACGGCAUGAUGAUUUGUUAAGUAGAAAUCUUGAUUUGAACUUGGCGAGGAGCUUAAAUAAUGACUUAGAGUUGCAAAGUAGUUUAACACAGUCUUUGGUGCAGAAUCUAAAUGAGAAUAUGAUUUUAUCAGAUGGGAUAGCUCAGAAUAUUCGAAAUGAUAUGCAUGAUAUAAAUCAAGAAAUUGACCUAUCCCAUCAUUUAAAUAGAAAUAUAGAACAUCAGGAAAUUUUGAAUCAUGAAAGGAGGACACCGGUGCAGUGUGUUCAGGAUGCCCAUCUUUUAGAGCAAAGUCUAGGACAAAGGAUGGAUCCAACUUUACAUCAAAGGUUAGAGCAAUCAUUGGGGCAAAGAUUGGAUCAAACUUUGGGUCAGAGAUUGGAACAUAGUUUAGGUCAGAGAUUGGAACAAAGUUUAGGUCAGAGAUUGGACCAAAGAUUGGUGACGCAGAAUUUGCAUGUGCAUAGUGAUCAGCGGUUAGAUAGUGAACAUUUGUUGCCGAUGCCAUUCCAUAUAAAAUCUGAACAGGAGGAUGAUAGUUAUUUUUAUGAAAAUAUUAACCAGCCUUUACCAAAUGUCAGCAGUAUUAAUGGUCACAUACCCCAAGAUCACAGCCAGACAACCCAAGCUAACAUAAAUCCAGACCAAAUGUAUGUAUACACAAAUCAAAUUAAUGUACCAAUUAACACAGCAGAACAUUACUCGCGACAAAACUACCCCCAAAACUACGCAACCGCCAGAGAUAAUCCUCAAAACCUAGUCGUGCACAGACAAUACGAAAACUCUAGCCCAUACGAUGAAACGAAGAAGGACCAUAGGCACAACAAAGAUUCCAAAUUAGAAGAGCCCAAAGAGAACAUGAAGCCGAACGAUCAAAACAAAAUGUAUUACCAAGAUUACCAACAAGAGAAGAGUGAGAUGCAGAAGAGCGAAGAGGUUUCUUUGGAUAUCAAAGGUGAAUACGGUUGUUACAAGUGCAAUUCUGUGUUUCCAUCGAAGAGAUUGCUGAAACAGCACACGAAGACUUGUAGUGAGCCGGACAGUGAGAAUAGUGAGAAAUCAGGCAAGUUCAGUUGUAGCCAGUGUUCGUACAGAUGUCAAGCGCCUGCCACGUUGAAGAUACACGAGCGUACGCAUACAGGAGAGAAGCCUUUUUCUUGCACUUUCUGCGAUUACAAGUCUGGCCAAAAGAAUAAUGUGGCGAAGCAUAUUCUGGUCCACAUGAAGGAGAAACCUUUCAGAUGUCAGUACUGCGAUUACCGUUGCGCUCAGAAGAACAAUUUGGUCGUCCACGAACGUACGCACACCGGUUAUAAACCUUUUGCGUGCCCCUACUGUGAUUACAGAACAGUGCAGAAGCCUAAUUUAGUUAAGCACAUGUAUCUCCACACAGAUCAGAAACCUUUCAGCUGCGAUGUGUGUAAUUAUAGGUGUGUCCAAAAGACUAACCUAACUAAGCACAAGCAGCGGCAUAUGAACGAGAAGGACAGUGAAAAAAUAGAAUUGAAAGGCCAAAUUAAACCUUAUAGACCUAGACAGAAGUCUGUUAAAUGCCCGCACUGCCCGUACAGGUGCGUACAAAAAGCUAGUCUUGAGAAACAUAUAGUUUUCAAACACAACGAGUUCAAUGAGCAAGGUUUAAAUUUAAUGAAGAGUGGAAACGAAGAGGAAUCCAUACAAAAUUUGAGUGUGAAAAGAGACGAACACGUGUUCGAGUGUAUACCCCAGGAUGUGAAAGAGUCGCUCCAAGUACAGUCAUAG